CCACAUUUGUAUACAUACGCACAUCAAGCUACGACACAUUUCCUCUCGUUCCGAAAUCCGAAGCAGUGCAUAGCGGGCGGCCUUCAAUGGCGGCUCAGCUGCGCCGUUAACCCGGCCUCUCGUCAUCGUGCCUAAAGUGUAGUCAAUCCCCUACGACGACGAUCGGACGGAGACUGUAUACGCGCGUCGACGAGUCGUCUGCUGACGACGCCUCGGGGACGCGCGACGUUCCACUCCAGAAACCAGUAGACCUACUUUUAAAAAAUGAGUGCUUUGAAUCAGCACAGUGGUAAUUCCCAUGUAUGGAAAAAUCAUCGAGUAGAUUCAACAAGUCCAGCCAUAAUGGAAAGCUUAGAUAGCAUGUCUCUCUGCAAUCACGAUGAAAAUCCUUCCCUCAGCAACUCUUCCCUCCACAGCAACUUGUCACUCCAUGGUGUCAAUUCCCUGGUCAAUCAAAACUCAAAACUCUCAAGACUUUGUGAUUCACUGCAAAGUUUCCUAUUGAUUGAUGGCAACGAAUAUCUAAAGGUAUCGAACUCAGAGCAAUUCAUCCAGAAGCUGCACUGCACAAGUAAUGAUCUCAAAGUGAAGGUUGUUUCAAUAUUUGGUAAUACAGGUGAUGGUAAGAGUUACACUUUGAACCAAACUUUCUUCCAUGGCUAUGAGGUCUUCCGCACCUCAAGUGAGCAGAGUUCCUGCACCCUUGGCGUUUGGGCAGCUUUUGACCCGGGUCUCAACGUCAUCUGCCUGGAUACCGAAGGUUUACUGGGCAUCACCUCACACGAAAAUGCCAGGACUCGUCUCUUACUCAAAGUUCUCGCAGUCUCCGAUAUUGUGGUGUACAGGACACGAUCCGAGCGACUGCAUAGGGACAUGUUUACGUUCCUUGGCACUGCAUCCAGGGCUUACAGUCACUAUUUUCAGGCAGCUUUACAAGCCGUUGGCCAGAGGGAGGGUGUUCUGAAUUCAGUCAAUACUCUUGGGCCAAGUGUUAUUAUUUUUCAUGAGACAAGACAUACAAGACCAUUGACCAGUACUGCAUCAGAAAGUUCGGAGGACAUACUGCGAGACCGUUUUGCACAAACUGAAUUGGAGAUCGAGGCUUUUAGUUCCAUCAAGUACGUAGGCGUUCAAACCACAAAUCCGCCGACGAAUUACGAUCCGCUGAAAGCAGCUAUUAAAAACGAGUUGUUCAAUACAACUGUGCGCUCAGCCAGAAAGCCACACUUAGUUUAUAGUACCUUGAAAAUUCUCAACGACAAGUUUUCCGGGAAAAUAGAGAAUGUCUCGAACAUACUAUUUCCCGAUCAGUAUUUCACUUGUCCAGUGAAAUGCUUCAGUUGCGAUUGUAGGUGCCAAAAUAGCAUGGGACACGUUCGUGAAGGCAAACCUCAUGCGAGUGAUGCAAGAUGCAGAUACCAACACCAGUUUGAAAACUUGGUCUAUACCUGCAAAAAGUGCCAUAGCAAUGGCAACGAAGUCGUCGUUACAAGUCGCAUUCAAACGCAGAAUGACAAUAGUUGGUACAGUUUAGCUAAGUAUGCUUGGUUGGGUUACGUCAUUGAAUGUCCUCACUGCGGAGAAAUUUAUCGCAGUCGCCAACAUUGGUUCGGUAACAAAAAUCCCGAGGAUUCUGCAGUAAGAACUGAAAUCACUCACGUUUGGACUUUGACCAAUCCGUCUCUAACGACGCAAAAUACGGCGCAACGUGUAGUCGAUGGUGUCUCCUACCUGACAGAGGCCGUAACGAGCGUGUCUCUGCAGCCGACAAAGGCGCUAACGGCCUGGGUGGCUGACCAGGUUGCGCCCGCCUAUUGGCGUACCAACAACGAGAUCCGCCACUGCCAUAAAUGCAAAAACAUAUUUUUACCGACCGACACUAAGCAUCACUGCCGCUCCUGCGGUGAAGGUUUUUGUGCCGAUUGUUCGUCUAGGACCAAGUGCGUACCUGAGCGCAACUGGUAUACGCCGGUGCGUGUCUGUGACCACUGCUAUGACAGGGAUGCAAAUUCCAAUGAGGAGCUCAGAGAAAUCAUGGCUAGCGAUGACGUUACCGUGAGAAAGAUGUCCGAACACGUCGUUUCCACUUUCAGUGCUGUAGGAACAGUUUUUAAUUACUCAAAAGCCAUCAUAAAAGACACGGCAAGGCCAUCAUACUGGGUGCCGGACUCUGAGGUCGUUUGUUGCUGUGUGUGCGAGAUACUAUUUUCCGACACAGUGUCACUGCACCACUGCAGAGACUGCGGUCGGGGUGUCUGCCAGAAGUGUUCGCAAAAUCAAAAACCCGUUCCACGCCGAGGUUGGGACAACCCGGUGCGCGUUUGCGACUCUUGUCUCAAAAUUGACUAGCGUUUAGAGCCAAUAUUCUGCAAUUGAUUUUAUUAUUAAUAUACUAUAAUCACUUUUGAGAUCGAUACUGGUAUACUCGAUAUUAAAGAAUUUUAAUUUUAUAACGUAUUUUUCUACGAGGAUUGAAUGGAGCUAUGAAGUAGUAGAUUCAUAAGUACAUUUUUUUCUUUAUCUCACGAUGUACUGAAAUAAUGAUUAUUAAUGGAAUACUUCAUUUAUUGACGUGUACAUUUGUAGAUAAAACAAAGAUAAGCAUAGAGUGAGAUUUUUUUACUAAGAUUUGUCGUAACCAGUCCGGACUAAAUAUGAAAUUUUGCAUGCACCUUGAUCUUUUUUCUUUCAUUCUACAUUAUAAAUAGAUAUGGCGUGUUGACAAUUUUGAUGAAAGGGGUUCGCGGAGCAUAAUUAAGAUGUCUAUUUAUGCAUCAAUAAACUUUCUACUUGAUCAAAAGCAUUUUAUAUUUACAUUUCUAGAUUAAAUAGUACAAGUAAAAAUUCUUUUUUUACUCAUAUUUAUAAAACUGUAUAAAAAAAUAUUAACAGGGAUAAAGCGAAAAUGUAUAAAAUACAUAUUAUACAUAUGUAAAUACCAUUGAAAUAUAGUACCUAACUACAAAAUUGAUCGAUAAAAAAACCAAGUAUACCAGUUUGGCUCUUUAAUUUGAUUUUGGGAUGUUCGACAAUUAUCACUAUAUAUAUAUAUAUAUAUAUAUAUAUAUAUAUAUACACCUACACACACGCACACACACACACAUACACACACAAUCGUUUAAGUAUUACAACUUUAAGAGAAAAACAGUCAAGAGAGCUGUGCAAAAAAAGAAGUAGACUCAAUGCUAUAGAACCGUAAUAAUAGUCAGCCGACUUCUUAUUGUUUUACUUAUAGACCAAAGUUUACUUUGUCUAUUAUUCUAUUAUUUAGUUUUACUUUCAUAUUAUAAACAGUAUGCGUUUAUUGAAUCGUAAAAAGUAACUUAUGCAAUGCUUCAUUUUUGCAUAUUUUUAAAUGCAACAUCAGUAGCGUAUUACCAAUUUACUUAUAAAAAAUAUUAUGAAAAAUGAUGCCCCUGUGUUAGUAAUUUUUAAAAUGUAUUCAGAAAACCAAUGUGCUAUUGAAGCAUUUUUACUUGUAUAUAUAAUAUUGUGUAGAUUAUGCAAUAUAGUUAUUUACUUAUAAUAUAAGAAGAGCUAUGAUAUAAUGUUCAUUCUGGACUGGUUUAUAAAAGUGCAAAUGCGUGGUUGAGAAUAGGCUGUGAAAAAAAUGAAAUAGACAUUGAAAGUGUACUUUCGAGACAAGGAUACAUGAUAAGGGACAAUUACGUCUCUUCUAUUUCUAUUGUCGUCCUUCCUAAUGUUUUCGUGUUUGUAAUAGAUGUUUAGCUGUUACAUUCCACGAGUGUAGAAUCUGGCCUGAAUUGGCGUAACUAGUAAAAAUUCUUAAUAAGAAUAAUCCAAUCGGGUCACAAACAAAAUGUUGAAAAAUGCAAUGUUUUCUUUUACGAAUUUACUGUCUUUCUUACAAUAAAAAUGAAGUAAAUUAAA